CGAGCGCCAGGCACGAAGCGCGAGGCGGGCGCGCGAGCCCCCGGGGGCGGGUAAAACCCGGUUGCUGCUGCUGCUCCUGCCCCCGCCCCCGCCCCCCUCCCCCCUUCCCUCUCCCCCGACUUCUCCCCCCCCAGACCUCCUCAGACCCGCCCCCUCCCCCCCAACCUCCUCAGGCCGGCCCCCCUCCCUCAGGCGGCCUUAUCCCCGUCCCUGCACCCCCAGGCCUUGCAAUCGCCCCCCCCACCCCGACCCUUCUGAGCACCCCUUCCCAGCAAAAAACCCUUCCUUCCCGCUGGCCCCCCGCCGAGCAUCCCCUCCCCACCCGCCCCCUAAACGAGCAUCCCCUCCCCACCCCCGGAGCACCCCUCCGGUCCCCCGCCGAGCAUCCCCUCCCCCUCUCAGAGCAUCCUGUCCCCACCAAUGCCCCUCUUCCGCUCUCUCCACUUAACACCCCCUCCCAGCAAAUGCCCUUUUCUCUUUGCCCGCCAUUUAGCACAAUCCUCCCGCAUUCAAUGCGCCUUCCCUCCCGGUGUAGAGCAUCCCACCCCAGCAUUUGCCCCGACUCAGACCCCCCCCUUUAGCAUCUCACCUUAGCAUUCCCUCCCAGCAAACGCCCCUCCCCACCCAGGCUCCCCCAAUUCAAUACUUAAACCAUCCCCCCCAGCACACUCUCCCAGCAAGAAUUCUCGUCCCUUUCUCUCCCCCCAGCUUUGUCCCCCUUCGAUCUGCUCUCUGGCAAAAGGCUUCUCGGGACACAAGUCCUGGCCCGAACCCGGCCUCCCCCAGCAAAAUCCCUCUCUUGCCCUGAUCUCCACUCCUUGCAAUAAUCCUUUUCCUCCCAGCACCUUCCUCUUCCUCUAGCUCAGAUCCCUCAUUUUCAGCAAAAACUUCCCUUCCAGGAAAUCCCUACCUUUCCACCCGAGGCACCCCCAUUUAACCUCUUCUCACAAAUAUUCCUUUUUCCCAUCCAGGCCACCCCUCCCCCCAAGCAAAAAUUCCAGCCCCAAUAAAAAUUCUUCCUCAAUUAAGCCUCCCUUUGAGCAAAAGCCCCUUCUGCCUCCAUCUCCCUUCCCAGUGAAACAGCCUCCAAAACCCCUGUUGAUUUUCCCACCAGCUGCCCCUUUCCCCCAACUUGACCAUCCCCUCCCCUUCCUUCCACCACCCGCUUCCAGGACCAGAGGGAAAAGCUGUUGAGCAGGCAAAAGAAAUUGGAUUUGUGUCUGAAAUUGGCACCCAGCACCCUGGAGGAAAGCCCCUGAUGGUCGGCCUGUCUGUCUUGUGAGCCCCCCAAGGGUGCCUAAAACUGACCCCCCAAGAGCCUUGGCUUGGCUCUCCUGGAUUUGGAUUGGACCUCAAGGCUAUUUUCUGCCCACUUUCAAAUCUCACGUGGUCAGCUUGUUGGAAAUCAGAGAGUGGCUUUUGUCCAAGACGUGGCAGUGGAGCACCAUGGACCAGUACAGCCUUGGGGAUGAUGGUGCCCUUCAGUCAGAGAUGCAUCUUCCUGGAUUUUCAGAGAGCCAGGGGCUGAACUGCAGUGACACCCUCAAUCGGGAUCUGUGCCCUAACACAAGAGACCUGCUCUAUGCUGGCCUGAGCAGUUUAGACCUGGACCCGGGCCUCCCAACACCAGAUAUGGCCAGUGAGGCUCUGGAGGACAACCUUGAUGCCCUCUCCUUGUAUUCAGGGAAGGAGGGAGACUCAGCAAAGCUGUUGGAGGAAUAUGCUGACUCGGACUCACAGCCUUCCUUGCAGGACCUGGGGCUGGGCGUCCUGAAGGCUUCUAAAGAGGCAGACGAAGGAGGCCGGACCAGCUCGGGCAGUGCCAGGAAAGGAAAGCGGCAGCACAGCUCCCCCCAGAACCCGUUCCUGGAUUGCAGCCUCUGUGGAAAGGUGUUCAGCAGCGCCAGCUCCCUUAGCAAACACUACUUGACGCACAGCCAGGAGAGGAAACACGUCUGCAAAAUCUGCAGCAAGGCCUUUAAGCGUCAGGACCACCUGACUGGACACAUGCUGACCCAUCAGAAAACCAAACCUUUUGUGUGCAUUGAGCAGGGCUGCAGCAAGAGCUACUGUGAUUAUCGUUCCCUGCGCCGACACUAUGAGGUGCAGCAUGGCCUGUGCAUCCUGAAAGAGGCCCCUCCAGAAGAGGAAGCCUGUGGGGACUCCCCCCAUGCCCACGAGGCCGCCGGCCAGGCCGGGCCCAGCAGCCUCCGAACCCUGGUGCCCUCCGAGGCCCGCUCCCCCAGCUCCCUCCUGCCCAACCGAGAUCUCCUGCGGUGCAUUGUGAGCAGCAUUGUCCACCAGAAGCUCCCCUCACCUGGCCCGGCCACUGCAGGGGCACCAGAUGUGGAUGGGAGGGGCUCACUGUGCCCCUGUCCACCCAGUGCAGGCUCUGUCUCCUGUACUCCUGCCAAUGCCCUGGCACCCACGGGAGCCCUGGGCAUUGAGCCUCCUGAGGAGCCUCGUCCCCCAAGAAAGGAUCCGCCCCCCUCUGACAUGUUCACGGUUAUCCACUCGGGGAACCUGGCAGCCAUGGCCCCAGGGGGAGAGAAUGGAGCCUCUGACCCAGCCGAUUCAGAACUGCCUUUUCUCCCACUCCCGUCCGCUGGGCUGGAAAGUUGGUCCGAUGGGGGGACCCUGCCUUGCCUGCCUCUCUUCCGAGGCCAGGCAGUCUCAGCCAGCUCCCAGCCAUCUAGUCACAACUUCCAGUGGGUCAGGAACCUGCCCGGCUGCCCCAAGAGCAAAGGGAACAGUGUCUAUGUGGUCCACAAGCCGGCUCCGGUCCCUGCCCGGGACGGCUCCGAGCCGGGGCCCGGGCCCGGGCCUGUGUCCCCCCUGCUGGACCCUUUAGCUGCUCCGGCGGGCGCUGGUCCGGAGGACGUGCUCUCUUUCCCUCCCACGCUGCUAAAGGCUCCGGGGGACACCCUGAGUGAUGCCAGGUUCGCUGGUGGGGAGGACAGCUCGUGGCCUGCCCAGAGGAACAAGUACGAGUGCGAGCCCUUCCCUUGGCAGAACCCUGGGGAGCUGGGCCUCCAGGAUGUGCAGAAGCCGAGCGGGCUCCCCCCGGAGAGCACCCCGCUCUUCCGGCAGCUCUUUCUCAAGUCCCAGGAGUCCCUGGUGAGCCACGAGCAGAUGCAGGUGUUCCAAAUGAUCACCAAGUCCCAGCGGAUCUUCUCCCACACCCAGGUAGCAGCAGCUCCCUCUCAGCUCCCACUCCCAGAGACCAAGCAGGCUUUGCUGAAACCACUGCAGGGCGUGUGGCAGCAGCCUCUGGCCCCAGGGGCUGACUCGUUCCAUGCUCUCCCGGGAAACCCCGAGCAGGAGGGGUCGCCGGCCCGCAGGAGAAAGACCCAGGCCCUGUUUCCAAGAGAGUCUUCACCUGGGAGCACGAGGCGGGACCCCAAGGGAGGGCCCAAAGUGGCCCCUGCUUUGCCUUCCCUUGGAUCGUCCCUGGACCCUUGCGGGAAUCCCGACGCUUCUAUGACCAAGCAGUUGCGGUCGGCCAAAGGGAGCGUAGGUCUGGGGGAUGUUUUCUCCCCAGCGCAUCCUCGGCCGUCUCCAUCGGGGGUGGAAGAACCAGCCGGAGGCCAGUUCCAUUCCAAGCUGUCUCAGACAGAGAACGGCGCGCCCUCGGCCUCCAAAGGGGACAAGAGUCAGACCUGUGCCAGAGAAAUGGGCUAUCGACUCUUCUCCGGCAGCACCAGAGCCCAGCGGUUCUCUGGUUUCCGCAAGGACAAAGUGAAGAUGGACAUGUGCUGUGCAGCCUCUCCAAGCCAGGUGGCCAUGGCUUCCUUCUCCUCAGCCGGAGCCUCCGCGGAGCCCACGCGGGACAUGAAGUCCAAGCUGACCAUCUUCAACAGGAUCCAGGGCGGGAACAUCUACAGGUUGCCCAACCCAGUGAGGGACGAGAGCCUGGUGACCGGAUGCAACCAGCUCAACGGUGUCUCUCCGGACUGGACGGAGCCCAGAAGCACUUACGUCUGCAAGAACUGCAGCCAGAUGUUUUACACUGAGAAGGGGCUGAGCAGUCACAUGUGUUUUCACAGUGACCAGUGGCCAUCACCGAGAGGGAGGCAGGAGCAGCAGGUGUAUAACACAGAAUAUUGCAAACCCCAGAGAUUGGUCCUGAGGCCAGAGGGGGACGGACAGAGUCCACCGGGAGCCAAGAGGCCUUUGGAAGACCUGGCCGCAGCGCCUUUGGUGACCCCCGUGUCUGUCCCUGUGCCAGCUGGGAGCCGACCUCCAGGGAGCCUGACCAAGGGACAUGAGAGGGCUGGCCGAGAGGAGAGAGACACUAAGGAAACCAGUCAACACAGAAAAAGAAAAAAACGCCCCCAGCCCAAGGCAUUAUUUAUCCCUCCUCCACCUUCGGUUUUUGGAGAGAUCCAGCCAGGCCCGGGAGGCUGCUAUCAGAGCUGUCUGCGCUCCCCCGUGUUCCUGGUCGACCAUCUCCUGAAGGGUUUAUUCCAGUGUUCUCCAUAUACGCCGCCGCCAAUGCUCAGCCCGAUCCGGGAAGGGUCAGGAUUAUACUUCAACACUCUUUUCUCCACGUCCGCUCAUUCUGGUCCCGAGAGGCUCUACGGGGCUGUCCUGGACCAAGUGGAUGGCUCUUUUGGAAUCGCUGUGGUCAAAGACGACACCAAGAUCAGCAUUGAGCCACACAUCAAUAUAGGGAGCCGGUUUCAGGCAGAGAUCCCAAAGCCCAGAGAGAUUUCUCUGGCAGAAGGUGACCAGCAUGGCGCUUCACUGGUGUGGAAGCCAUGGGGAGAUGUGAUGACCAACCCAGACACGCAGGAGAGAGUGACUGAGCUAUGUAACGUGGCCUGCUCCAGUGUGAUGCCAGGAGGGGGGACCAAUCUGGAACUCGCUCUCCACUGCCUGCAUGAAGCCCAGGGGGAUAUCCGGGAUGCUCUGGAGACCCUGUUACUUAGAGGACCCCAGAAGGCUCCAUCUCAUCCUCUGGCUGAUUACCGUUACACAGGUUCAGAUAUCUGGACUCCUGUGGAGAAGAGACUGUUCAAGAAGGCUUUCUGUGCCCACAAGAAGGAUUUUUAUCUGAUACACAAGACGAUUCAGACAAAGAAUGUGGCUCAGUGUGUUGAGUAUUAUUAUAUCUGGAAAAAAAUGAUAAAGUUUGACUGCGGCCGAGCCCCAGGGCUAGAAAAGAGGGUCAAGAGAGAGCAGGAUGAGGUAGAAAGGACAGAAGAAAAGGUAAGCUGCAGCCCCCGAGACCGGCUCAGUCACCGACCCACCCCCGAGCUGAAGAUCAAAACGAAGAGUUACAAGCGAGAGGCCAACGUGACCUCGAGCCCGACCAUCGGCCCCAAGAGGACGCCGGAGCCGCCAGGGAGCGCGGAGAGCCAGGGCGUGUUCCCCUGCCGGGAGUGUGAGAGGGUGUUCGAUAAGAUUAAGAGUCGAAACGCCCACAUGAAGCGCCAUCGCCUGCAGGAGCACGUGGAGCCUCUGGUCAGAAUGAAGUGGCCCGUGAAGCCCUUUAGGAGUGAGCCACGAGAUGAGGAAGAGGAGGAGGAAGCUGGGGCGGAGGGGGGCCCCCUCCGGUGGUGAUGGGAAGAAGGCCAGGAUCCUGGGGGGGCCUGCCCGGCCGGGGCCUCAGACCUGGGGAGAGCUGGUGAACGGGCCCGGAGGGGCCGCUGGGGGCACCGGCGUCUCUCCCGGGCUUGGUCCGAUGGGAAGUGUGCCCCCGACGUGGCCGCGUCUUGUCUUGGCUGCCCCAUUGGAUAGCCCCGGGGUCUGAUGGGGCAGCCACAUCCUAGGUUGGGUCAUAAUUAGGAGCGGGGCAGGGAAAGCACAGAGUCAUCACACGCUUCUCGGUCUGCGUGGUGUGGAUGUCGGAGGCUCUGUACCAUCCAGUGGGGUGACCUCUCCCCUUUUUCCAAUCAUAUCUCUUUGGGAGGAGGGGGGAGAAAAAAAGACAAAAAAGUUGGAUCUGAGUAGCUCUUAAAUCUUUGCCUAAGUUUUGGGAUUUGUUAUUUUUGUUGGAAAAGGCCAAGAUUUCAGAGAAUCAGUGGGAAAAUACCUUCAUAACGAUGACAUGUCAGGGCCUCCCUCACCCAGGGAGGGGCCCUCUGCAUUGAGUCCAAGGUCCUGUGGUGACUUGUACAUUGUUUGGUUUUUUUGUACGUGCCUACUGUAUAGCUUAUUAAAUUGGGUUUUUGAAUGGUU